AUGGAAGAAAUAUCGUCGUCAGAUGGCUCCUUAUCGGCGAUCGGCGUGCCGAGGAUUCGACUGGAAGAGCAGACAUUGUGGAAAAAGUUCAACACCUUGACGAACGAGAUGAUCGUCACGAAAAACGGCAGGAGAAUGUUCCCAGUUGUCAAAGUUUCCAUUUCUGGCUUGGAUCCCUCAGCCAUGUACUCAGUGCUCCUGGAGUUUGUGCAAAUUGACAAUAAUCGG